AUGAAGAGGGUGACGGAGGCGCUGAAGAAGGCCUCCGAGAGCGACGUCCCACGUUUUACCUCUGGGUCAUUUAUCAUAGGAACGUCACCAGCCGAAGCGGAGCCGCAGUCACCAGCCGUAGCGGAACUGGAGUCACCAGCCGAAGCGGAACCAGGGUCACAAGCCGCAGCGGAACCAGAGUCACCAAACGCAGCGGAACCGGAGUCACCAGCUGCAGCGGAACCAGAUUCACCAGCCGAAGCGGAACCGAAAUCACCAGCCGCAGCGGAACUGGAAUCACCAACCACAGUGGAACCGGAAUCACCAGCCGUAGCGAAACAGCAGUCCAGCCAAAAUCAAAUCACGAGGAGCGUUAAAAUACCCAAAAAAUUUCACGGCACAUUCAUUGGUCACAAGGGCGCCCAUAUUAAACAAAUAGGCCAAAAAUACGGAGUGUUGCUGAAACUCAACACCUAUAAAAAUAAUAUCAGUAUCACCACCACAGCGGAACCGGAGUCACCAGCCGCAGCGGAACCUGGGUCACCAGCCACAGCGGAACGGGAAUCACCAGCCGUCGCGAAACAGCAGUCCAGCCAAAAUCAAAUCACGAAGAGCGUUAAAAUACCCAAAAAAUUUCACGGAGCAUUCAUAGGUCACAAGGGCGCCCAUAUUAAACAAAUAGGCCAAAAAUACGGAGUGUUGCUGGGACUCAACACCAAUAAAAACCAUUCACCAGCCGUAGCGGAACUGGAGUCACCAGCCGAAGCGGAACCAGAGUCUGGCCGCAACCAGAACCAGAGUCCUCAAACGCAGCGGAACCAGGGUGCCAACUGCGUGAACCGGUUACACCCCACAGCGGAACCGGAGUCACCAGCCGCAGCGGAACCUGGGUCACCAGCCACAGCGGAACGGGAAUCACCAGCCGUCGCGAAACAGCAGUCCAGCCAAAAUCAAAUCACGAAGAGCGUUAAAAUACCCAAAAAAUUUCACGGAGCAUUCAUAGGUCACAAGGGCGCCCAUAUUAAACAAAUAGGCCAAAAAUUCGGAGUGUUGCUGGGACUCAACACCAAUAAAAACCAUCCCAAACCAGGUUUAUGCGACCACGUGCCUCUUUUGGGCGACAUUUUACUUGCUAGAAAAAUCGAAAUUGAGAUGAAGAGGGUGACGGAGGCGCUGAAGAAGGCCUCCGAGAGCGACGUCCCACGUUUUACCUCUGGGUCAUUUAUCAUAGGAACGCCAGCGGGCCGGAAUCACCAGUCUGGCGGAAACAGGUCUCCAGCUGCAACAGCAGAACCAGAGUCACCAACCGCAGCAGGGAGCCAGAGUCACCAGCCGUGCAGAACCGAAUCACCAACCGAUGCAGAACCGAGGUCACCAGCCGAAGCGGAACGCAGUGCCAGCCGUAGCGGAACUGUAGUCACCAGCCGAAGCGGAACCAGGGUCACAAGCCGCAGCGGAACCAGAGUCACCAAACGCAGCGGAACCGGAGUCACCAGCUGCAGCGGAACCAGAUUCACCAGCCGAAGCGGAACCGAAAUCACCAGCCGCAGCGGAACUGGAAUCACCAACCACAGUGGAACCGGAAUCACCAGCCGUAGCGAAACAGCAGUCCAGCCAAAAUCAAAUCACGAGGAGCGUUAA